AUGAAUAAUUCUAAGGAUAAAUAUGUUACUUUAGUAAAACAUUACGACGAUCAACAACAGAAAUACUCUAUAACAAAGGAAAAUGCCGCUAUUAAAGAAAAAUAUUUACUAGCCGGACAAGAUAACGAAGGUAACAAAGGAGUCAAGCCUAUAAUAGAAAAUAAACGCAUCGACGAACUUCGAAGCAAACCUCUACAUGGACAAGUCUUCAAGCAACUAGAAAAACUGGUAGUUAAUAAAAAUGCAAGUAUAGCUUGGUUAAAGAGUGCAAGUUUGAAAGGGGAAACAGAAAAUCUAAUAAUUCCCGCUCAAGAUCAGGCAUUGAAUACGAGAUAUUUGCAGAAAAACAUCUUCAAACAGAAAGUUGAAUGUGUGGAAAGGCUGAGGAACAUGUGA